AUGAAUUUGCUGCGCAAUGCCAGAGCUGCUGCGGCAGCUGCAGCGGCUGCAGCAGCUGCGGCAAAUGCAGCGGCUCCUGCUGAUGCAGCAGUUGCAGCAACUGCAGCAGCUACUGCCGCUGCAGCAGAGACGAAGCUGGAAGCAUCUGCAGGUGGCAGCGCAGCAGCAGCGGCAGAAGCAGCAGCACCAGCAGCUGCAGCAGCAGCACAAGCAGCGGGAGCGGGAGCAGCAAAACUGCGCAGCGCUGCAUGUGUGGCCUUAGAGCAGCCGCAGAAUAGUGGCUUAGUGACCCAGCAGCAGCAGCACCAGCAGGAGCAGCAGCCACAGCAACUGCAGCAGCAGCAGCAGCAUCGAGGUGUCCUCCGUAUUGACCUGGAGAGCCGAAGGGGGCAGCAGCUCAUCCGUUCAGUGGGUGCUCUCAUGCUUCACAGAAAGCAGCAGCAGCAACAGCAACAGCAGCAGCAACAGCAACAGCAGAAGCAACAGCAGCAGCAACGGCAGCAGCAACGGCAGCAGCAACAGCUGCUGCUGCAGCGCGAUGGAGACCCCCAGCAGCAAGUACCCCAUAGGAUGAGGUGGCGCGCAGCUGUGCCCUGUGGGCGGCUCUCAACAACAAUAAGGGCAGCAGCAGCUGCUGCUGCUGCUCCUGCUGCUGCUGCUGCUGCUGCGCAGAGCAAAGCAGCAGACUCGCCAGCAGCUGUUGCUGCUGCAGCACCGACCUCGCCAGCAGCAGCAUUUGCUGCUGCGAUGCCCACGAGCCUCCCGCUGCAGGCAGUGGCUGAGGUGAAGAGGCACUCUGCUGCUGUGUUGCGUUUGCUGCUGCAGCAGCAGCAACAAAUGAGCCCUGCUGCAGCUGCUGCUGCUAAAGGCGCCUCGGAGCUGCCCCGUUUCCCCCUAUUGGCAGAAUUUUUGCACGACGUAGCAGCAGCCGAGCAGCAGCUGCAGCAGCAGCAGCAGCAGCAACGCUCAAGUAUCGCCGCCACGAGGCGGCAGAACCGUUUGCUGCAGCUGCAGCAGCAGCUGGAGAUGCACCGCAGCAAGUUCUUCGAGCUGCAGCAGAGAAGAGACCUUGAAGGGCUUAAAGCAGCAGCAACAGCAGCAGCAGCAACAGCAACAGGGAGCAGCAGCAACUGCAAGUUGCUGCCGCGGCCUAUCUGUUUGCUGCUGCAGGAGCUGCUGCAGCGCGCAGCACCGAGAGCCUCACUGGCUGACAUCGAGCAGCUGCUGCAGCUCUAUGUGACCAGUGGUCAGCAGCGCAUGCUGCAGGCAGCAAGCAGCAGCAGCAGCAGCAGCAGCAAAAAACGCCUGCUAGAGGCAGGGCAAGACACUGCGUGGCUCCACGAUGUGUUUAGGCCAGACUUGCUGCUGCUGCUGCUCCGGGCGGCGCAGCGCCGCCUGCAGCAGCAGCAGCAGCAGAAGCAGCAGCGAAAGCAGCAGCAGCUGUCAAGGCCCAGCACUCCGCACGCUAAGCAGAGUGCUGCGCGCGUCGCGCAGCUGGCAGAAGCAGCAGCGCAGAUAUGCGGGGGUGCUGCAGCAGCAGCAGCAGCAACGGGAGCAGCAGCUGAUCCCAAGACCCCAACAGCCGCCAUAGAAGCAGCAGCAGCCCAGCAAGCAGAAGCAACAGCUGCAGCAGCGGCACCGAAAGCAGAAGCAACAGCUGCAGCAGCAGCACCGCAAGCAGCAGCAGCAUCUGCUGCACCACCCGAAGUAGCAGCAGCAGCAGCAGCAGCAGCAGCAGAGUUGUCCAGGUUGGCAGCACUUUGUGGCGCAGCUGCACCAGCAGCAGCAGGACCCUUCGCGCUGGACACAUCUGCAGCAGCAACAGCGGUAGCAGCAGCAGCAACAGCAGCAGCAGCAGCACCAGCAGCAGAUAGCCGUAAAGCUGGGGGCUUCUGCAGCACGCGCCUUGGGCGCCGCACGCUGCGGCGCUGCUGGAGCCUUGUGCUGCUGAUGCAGCAGCUGCAACGGGAGCAGCAGCAGCAGCAGCAGCAUGCACUCAUUCCGCGUCUGUCUACCCUGCAGCAGCAGCUGCUGCUGCUGCAGCGAACUGGCGACGCUGUGAAGGUGCAGGUUAAUCUCUCGGAGUUGCCGCUGCCGCGGCAGCUGAAGUUAACAGCAGACCUUAUCUGCGUGCUGCUGCGGCAGCUGCAGCAGCAGCGGAAGCAGCUGCUGCUCCAGCAGCAGCAACAGCCGCUGCUGCUACAGAAAGAGCAGCAACAGCAGCAGCAACCAGAGGGGCUCGCGCCGCAGGGGCAGGAGCAUGUGCCGCAUCAAACCAAGGAACUGCAGCUGCUGCAGAAACAGCAGCAGCAGCAGUUCCAGAUCGAGCUGCAGCUGCUGCUGCUCUCUGCCGAGGUGCUGCUGCUGAAGUUGCGGCAGAAAAGCGGCAGCAGCAGCAGCCCAAACACCAGCAGCAGCAGCAGCAGCAGCUCUUCCUCGCGGCGGCACCUUGUCCGCUGCAUCUGCGCUUUAGCUCGCCUACAGCGUGUUGCAGUGCAGCAGCAGCCGCAGCAGCAGCCACAGCAGCAGCACUUCACUGCAGCAGCUGCAGCAGCAGCAACAAUUGUGGGCCCCCUCAGCCUCCUGCUGCUUCAGCAGCUGCUGCCGCAGCAUAUCUUGUCCUUGUCUUUGUGGGAUUUUCUGCGGUUGUUUGCUGCAGUGGCGGAGCUGCUCCCGCUGCUGCUGCACCUAACGCAGGACGCCCGCACAGACGCCUUGGCUGUUGCUGCUCCUGCUGCUGCUGCUGCUGCUGCUGCACCAGCGGCCGGCCUAGGUGCGGCUCACUUUGUGCUGCACAAGCACCUCAGCAAGCUGCAGCAAACAGCAGCAGCUCUUCUGCAGCAGCCGCUGCCCUCAGAGCCUCUCUUGCCUGCUGCUGCAGUACCCAUCCUAGCGAAGGAAGCAAGGAAGAUCCAGCAGCAGCUGCAGCACCAGGGGCUGCUGCUGCAGCAGCAGCAGCAGCCACAUGAAGAAGCAGAACUGUCGCGUGCAGCUCGAAGGGCCCUACCGGAUCUGCCCUUAGGUAGCUGCCCGCCUCAUUUGCUUUGUGCUGCUGACGUUGCUGCUCUGGCAGCUACAUACGAAAGCCUUGCUGCUGCUGCUGCUGCUGCAGCAAGCGGAAACACUUAA